AUGAUUGAACAGGUUUUACAUUAUUGGUAUAUUGUUUUACCUGCAUUUAUAAUUUUUCAUUGGAUUGUAUCUGCAAUUCAUACAAAUUCCUUGCGUAGAAAACUAGGUGCCAAACCUUUCACUCAUACACAACUUGAUGGUUUUUAUGGAUUUAAAUUUGGCCGUGAUUUUCUUAAAGCUAAAAGGAUUGGUAGGCAAGUUGAUUUAAUCAAUUCCCGUUUCCCAGACGAUAUUGACACAUUUUCAAGUUAUACUUUCGGCAACCACGUGAUUUUUACACGUGAUCCAGAAAAUAUCAAAGCUUUAUUGGCAACACAAUUUAAUGAUUUUUCAUUAGGUGGUAGAAUUAAGUUUUUCAAACCAUUGUUGGGAUAUGGAAUCUUUACUUUGGAUGGAGAAGGUUGGAAACAUAGUCGAGCUAUGUUGAGACCACAGUUUGCAAGAGAACAAGUUGCCCAUGUCACUUCUUUAGAACCACAUUUCCAAUUGUUGAAAAAGCAUAUCCUCAAGAACAAAGGUGGGUUUUUUGAUAUCCAGGAAUUGUUUUUCCGAUUCACCGUUGAUUCAGCUACUGAGUUUUUGUUUGGUGAAUCAGUGAACUCUUUGAAAAGUGCAUCAAUUGGUUGUGACGAGGAAACCGAGCUUGAGGAAAGAAAGAAAUUUGCGGAAGCAUUCAAUAAAGCGCAAGAGUAUAUUUCUACUCGAGUUGCUUUGCAACAAUUAUAUUGGUUUGUUAAUAAUAGCGAAUUCAAGGAAUGUAACGAAAUUGUUCAUAAGUUUACCAAUUAUUAUGUACAAAAGGCAUUGGAUGCUACUCCUGAAGAGCUUGAAAAGCAAAGUGGAUAUGUUUUCUUGUAUGAAUUGGUUAAACAAACCAGAGACCCUAAUGUAUUGAGAGAUCAAUCAUUGAAUAUCUUAUUAGCUGGUAGAGAUACCACUGCUGGGUUGUUGUCAUUUGCGGUAUUUGAACUUGCUAGGAAUCCACAUAUUUGGGCCAAAUUAAGAGAAGAUGUCGAAUCCCAAUUUGGUCUUGGUGAAGAAUCUCGCAUUGAAGAGAUUACCUUUGAAAGUUUAAAACGAUGUGAAUAUUUGAAAGCCGUGAUGAAUGAAACAUUGAGAUUGCAUCCAAGUGUUCCAAGAAAUGCUAGAUUUGCACUUAAGGAUACAACUUUACCUAGAGGUGGAGGUCCAGAUGGAAAAGACCCGAUUUUAGUUAGAAAAAAUGAAGUUGUUCAAUAUUCCAUUUCUGGCACACAAAUUGAUCCAAAACAUUAUGGCAAAGAUGCUAAAUUGUUUAGACCAGAAAGAUGGUUUGAAUCAAGUACAAGAAAUUUAGGUUGGGCAUACUUACCAUUCAACGGGGGUCCGAGAAUUUGUUUAGGUCAACAAUUUGCUUUAACCGAAGCAGGUUACAUAUUGGUUAGAUUGGCUCAAAGUUUUGACACCUUGGAAUUGAAACCAGAUACAGAAUACCCUCCACCAAGAUUAGCCCAUUUGACUAUGUGUUUGUUUGAUGGUGCGCUUGUCAAGAUGGAUUAA